UGUUUGCUGACUUCGAUGACCCUGCUGCCGUUUAGUGAGUCUCAGCAAAUUCGAGGAAAUGUCUUAAUUAAGCGUGGCAGUGUUUGUUUUCAAGUCACGUUCAUCUGCGACACACAGUUUAAAUUCCAUGAGCAGUCAUGGGCGACUGGACUUUUGCAUAUAAAUUUGGACGAUAGUUCAUUUUGCUCACACAUAAGAAAAGGAAACCCAAUCAUUUGGAACCUCUUGGCAAUGGACAACAGACAUCAGCUAGUUUUACUGGCAACAUGCUUCUUGAUAAUCAUCGCAUCAGGAGCAAGAGAGACCUUUUCCCAAAGGCGCCAAAGACUUCUAGAGGAGAAGAGAAGACAGCAGCUAAAUUCAUCGAAUAGUAUAGUUACAGCUACGACAACUCCUGCACCUAUCCAAUUAACAGUGGCGAGUAGUAUAAACGAAGCUGUGGCUGCCAGCAAUGAAGUGGCAUUUGAAAUCGAAAUGAAUACUGGGCUCAACUGGGAGCAGUACCUCAUCCCCAUACCAAGUAGCAUGGGAAUUCUAGCCACCAUGAUGAUGGCAGCUGGUCAGACGGAUGAUUUCCCGCUGAAUGAACAUGUGCCGUCUGGUGGAUUUCGUUACAUGAAACAUUCCGACAGCUUCAGAAGAUCCUUGUUGCAAAUCGGCCACGAGAGCUAUCGGGCCUUCUUGUGCGCGCAUAACAACAUGAACAAGAUACGGCUCUCGACGCUCACCAUCCCUGCCUACAUAAAAGCGGCUAUCGACAUCCUUGGCACCGGAGAUGUACAAUUGAUUCAACUGCGUUUACACAGACCGUUGAGUGUCGUCAUGAAGUCGAUUAAUGACAAUGUAAACUGGUCUGAGGAGGUAUCCAUCGCUUUUGGUCGGCUGUCAAAUCUGACAGAUGAAGUUCAUUUGGCUGCCGUUAGUUCCUAUAACGUCAAAUCAGCUCGCACGUUACAGUUGUCCGCUAAGCAGUCGACCAGUCAAUUAACAGCCGACCUUCUUCAGCAAUCGCUGAAGAAUUUAGAGGAACGAGUGACAAAGGAUUUGGAUGGGUUCGAUCGAGGAUUAAAGGAUUUACAGGAGGCACAACUUUCAGUUCCGACGGCUAUGGAAAGUUUUGGGAUGAAUGUGAAACACUUUGUUUUUAACGUCGUCUUAGGUAGCGCCAUGAAACUUGUAACCACCAUGCUCGGUGGAAGAAAUAGAUUCGGAUCUUCGUCUCACGGAGAAAGUUCAAUCCAACAAGAAAAUGAUACUGCCAUCUCACCACCUGAUCCUUGCAUUUACGACCAUUAUCUUCCUACAUUCAAAAUUUUCGCUAAAAGUUUGACACUUUUGAACGAGUACCAAACACUGCUGUCCAUCAAUUCCGCCAAAGGGAGCUAUAAUAAGACGCAAGACAUGGCAGAGUAUAAGAAUUUCUUAAACAUCACCAGCCAAUGCGGGCCAAUCAGAGAAGUUAUUGAAACGGGAUUAGAAACUAUUGACCAGCUACACCAAUUGGCCAACACUACAAAAAUGCCAGAUGGGUUAGAGCAAACGGAAGUGACGAACAAAGAGUCCAGAUUCGAAGAAUGGAGGAAAAAGGAAUUUGAAAGAGUGCGCAAGUUGAUGGAGUCCUUCAAUGAAGAAGCGAAAUAUUUAAGAAAUGUCGCUCUAAGGGUGCCGGCAUAUGACAUUCGUUCUGGAAAUGUUACGCGUCCGGGUGAAAAGUUUUGGACUGGCGAGCAAGCAAAAGCAAACGCAUAUUACAAAGUCGCACUGCACGAAGAAAAGUUGGAAGUAUUGAGACGCUCAUUGAAUGGUCAUUGGAAGCAAAUAAUCUCCAAGACUGACGAAUCCAUACGUGUAUUAAAGGAAAUUCACACAUGGAAAGCGGAAGAAUUGGGACUGGAGCAAGCCGUGAAAAUGUUGGAAGCGGGCAUGACCGAGAUGAGCUCGCUCAAAAAGAACUGGAGUUUACUGGUUCGUUGUUUCAUCCAGCUAUCUCAAAUAAUUAAAACGAUCAGCGACAGCAAUGUGGAGCAUUUUGUCAAUCACCUGGAAACAACGAUUGGCACGGAGUCCUUCAAAAGGGGCAAUGGCCAACUCAAAAGCUGGGUCAUCCAGGCAAUACAAGAGAAAACUGUUAAAGCCAAUCAGGCGAUGAGUUUAGUUCACGACAUGGCUGCUACGUAUACUGGUAUUUCCACUAAGUACCUGAUGCCACGGGUGCACACACUGGAUCAAAUGAUGAAUUUCCAAGAAACUAAUUCGACAGUUAUGUUUUACAAAAGGAAUCAAUUAAUUGAAUCUUGCAUUGACGACCAACUCAAAAUCCAACAAUUGAUUGAAGAAGAGAAAUUGCGGAUGAGGGAAAAAGUCGAAUCUCGUGGCCGUCAGAUACGUCAGCAAUACGCUAUGAUUUAUCAACUAGAAGAAGAUAAUGUUAAUAAUGGACCCAGUGAUGAUUCUGCACUAAUUCUAGACAUUAAUGUGGAUGAUUUCUAAAAUCCAUGGAAUUUCUUUAUUUGUCAUUAAUUUUUUCAUUGCGAGUUCUUAGGAAUCGAACCUCGUACAUAUGAAACGCCAACCCAGGGUAUUUCUGCAAUGCCAAGACGGAACAUACUAUAUCAGAAACAUUUGUGGGUCUGUCGAUGUAUGCAGCGCAAACAAAGUUACGAUAAUAAAUAACGUCUUGUUGGCUAAA